AGCAACAAACCUACUGUGAGCUUAACUUUAAAAGUCUCUUUGAUGUGGGCAGUUGGGGCCAUGCUUCAGAUUACUUCAAAUAUUGCAUGCGCCCAUUUUGGCUCUACAAAUGUGAGUGUCCGGAGUGUGGAGGAUGGCAAUAAUUCACAGUAUGCAGACCGGGCAAACUGUGGCAGACUCCGUUCCCGAUCUCUUUACGAUUCUGAGGAGACAAAACACUCAACGGGAGAGACUGACAAGGACAGAAGCCACACAAGACCUCGUUCAAAAUCAUUCUAUGUUUGUGACACUGAUGAUGCAGGAAUGGGUCAUUUUAGCAGAUGCAAUCCUAUCAGACCAAGAGCAAGAUCACUACACAGUGAGGAUUGGGAAAAGAAACACUGGCAGGACAAGUAUCGCCGCAAAGCCUCCAAUCAAAAGACCUAAAGGAAACUCAAGCAAACGGGCCAGCAAGGAUCAUACAGGAAAUAAAGGAAAUUUAAGGGGUGUUCACAUGAUGACCAUUUCUGAGGUGGAUAAUUGGGAGAUAAGCUCUUUUCCUGGGAUGAAAUACGGUCAGUAUGUAGACUGGGAAAAGAUUGCCCCAGAAGCUGCCACCCGCUAUCGGAAGAUCUUCUCAAGUGAUCAUUAUGAGCUCAAAGCAAUGGGCCGUACGGGAUUCUGGUCCAUGCCUCAUACUCUCAGAGCCAAGACUUACCAGCACAUCAUCCACAGCAUCGAGAGCACAUCCACUGCCGCUGAUCUGGAUACUUACCACGGCUUAGUUAGGAAGCUUUUUGGGCAAUUGCAACCAAGCACACACUCUUUCCCAAAGUUUAUGGAGGAUGGGGAAAUUCCCAGAUACUGCUUAAAUAAAGCAGGUAUGAAUUCAGUGAAAAAAAUUCUCAUUUGUAUAGACCACAAUUUUCCUGAUGUCAGCUUCUGUCCUAUUCUGUCCGCUCUGGUGUCUCUUCUCUUGCACUUCAGUGAGGAUGAAGCCCAGUGUUUCCACAGUAUUUGUUCCCUGGUGACCUACACAGACCCUAAAAAGCGUUAGAUUGACCGGACUUUCCUCACUUCACGUGCCUCAUGCAUGACCUUUGGUGACCUUGCCAAUAAAUACUGCCGGCGAAUCCGGAAGCUAAUAGCCAGCUCUCGCCAGAACCUGUUUGAGUUCUACUCUGACUGGAUCCUGUGGAUCUUCGCCGAUCUGCCUUUCACAUAUGCUAUCAGAGUGCUAGAUGUCUAUCUAAUGGAGGGUUACAAAGUUUUAUACCGUGUAGCUCUUGCUCUACUCAGCUUUUACAAGGUUUCUGUGUCUUCACGAGUGGCCCACGUCGAUGACUUCAGACAAGACAUGAAGAGAUUUGUGCAGAAUGUGGGACGGCACAAUACUAUUGACACUCUGCUUCAGAGGGCUUUUAGUAUACAGCUGCCCAAACGUAAAGAACUGACUUAUCUCUUUAAUGCCAACAAGAACGCACUAAUUCAUAAGAACAUCCACAAUAAUAGCUCAUACCAAGCUAUGGAUUUCCUGGCUUUCAGAUCCUCUGUAGUAACUGAAACAGAGAUGAGGGUGGUCUGGGCCUGGAUUCCAGAGCGAUUUGCUCUGUUCAGUCCUGUGCAGCUCUUCAGUACAAAUAUUCAUGGCAGAAGUCUCUUCUCGUUUUAUUCCAAAGUUGAGGGGCAUGAUCCAACUGUUUUACUCUUGAAAACUGAAGAUGAGGAGAUUUGUGGGGCUUUCUUGUCUUCUGACUGGGCUAAGAAGAAUUGUGAUGAAAAGGGAUUUAAGUUCUUUGGCACAAGAGAGUGUUUUGUUUUCACUCUACGACCAGGAAUGGAACGGUUCCAGCGUACAGUGCUGCAGAUCUCUGGGAUGUCUGACAAAUGUGAUUCCUCUCAUCAGAAACACACUCUUUCCGUUAGCUCUCUGCCAAGCAACUGUACCCUCUCAGAACCAAAGAUAUGA